AUGACGAAGAUUCUCCAGAAGAGGAGGGUCAAUAUAGCAUGUGUAGAAGAGACUAGGUGGGUAGGAUCGAAGGCGAGGAAUGCAGACGGGUAUAAAUUGUUGUUCUCCGAAGUCGUUAAAGGCAAGAACAAAAUGGGUAUUUUGGUAGAUAAGGAGCUCAGAGAGUCAGUGAUAAAGGUUAGGCGGGUGAAUGACAGAUUGAUGGAGGCGCUGGAUGAGGUGGUGCGGGGUAUUCCGUCUACGGAGAAGUUAUUCGUAGGAGGGAAUUUCAAUGGUCAUAUUGGGUCAUCUGAUGGUGGCUAUGGCGAGGUACACGGUGGCUUCGACUUUGGUGUUAGGAAUGGGGAUGGUACUUCACUAUUGGAUUUCGUUAGAGCUUUUGAGUUGGUGAUCGUGAACUCUAUUUUUUCGAAGAGGGAGGAGCAUUUGGUUACUUUCAGAGUAUGGUAG